CUACUUCAGUCUCUUUGUUUAGUGGGAUUUUGACGUUUCCGAUACCAAAUAAUGGCUUCGUCGUCUUCGCCUCCGGCGAUUGAUGUCGGAGAAUACAGAAACUGGGCGGAGCUUCCGCCGGAACUGACGUCAUCGAUUCUGCACCGUCUCGGCGCGAUUGAGAUACUGGAGAACGCUCAGAAAGUUUGCAGGUCGUGGCGUCGCGUUUGUAAAGACCCUUCGAUGUGGCGUAAAAUUGACAUGCAUAACCAUGGAGACGUGGAAGACAUGAAAUGCGAUCUCGACAUCAUGUGCCGUCAUGCAGUUGAUCGUAGCCAGGGAGGCUUAAUUGAAAUUGAUCUUUGGAACAUUGGUUCUGACGAUCUCCUCAUCUACAUCGCCGAUAGGUCGAGUAAACUGAGAAGCCUAAGACUUAAAAGGUGCUCUUAUAUAACAGACUAUGCCUUUGUAAAAGCAGUUGUGAAUCUUCCACUGCUUGAAGACCUUGAGGUGUCAUACUGCUCUUUUUCAGGGGAGUCUCUGAAAGCGAUAGGCCAGUCUUGUCCAAAUAUGAAGACACUGAAGGUAAAUAGGCACCCUCAAAAGGAGAAUGAUGAUGACGCUCUAGCAAUCGCUGAAACAAUGCCUGGACUUCGCCAUCUUCAGCUUUUUGGGAACGGAUUAUCAGACACCGGCUUAAUUGCCAUUCUUGACAAUUGUCCAAGCCUAGAGCAUCUUGAUUUACGACGGUGUUUCAACGUUAACCUUGUUGGGGAUCUGCAGAAACGGUGUUCUGAGAGGGUCAAAGUUGUGAGACGCCCUAAUGACUCCACUCAUGAUUACCCAUUUGAUGCAGCGUUUAUCGACAUGGGUUCAUCAGAAGAUGAAUAUCCUUAUGGCUUCUCUGAUAUUGAUCUGAUGUCAGAUGAUGAGUAUGAUGACUACAAUGACCUCUCAGGUGUUGAUGACAAUUCUGACUAUGACCCGUUUGAUUCUUACGAUGACAUGCAGAUUUUCUAGAUGCACCAGAUUCACGCAGGUGAUAUCUUUUCAAACUCGUUUAUAACUUCUUUUCUCAUAGAUUCAAUGGACUUUAUUCGUCAUUGUGGUAUGUAACCUUUAGUAAUGAUGUCUUUUUCUGUUUGUCUUUGUACGACUUCUAAACUCUGGAAAAGUUUAAAAGAUGUGGAUUGGAUCA